CAGAGUUGAAAUGCAUGGCUCUGUUAGGAAACACGGUUGUGUAAUUUUUUUUUAUCGAAGUCCCGUAUUCCUACCGCUGUUGAGUGAGAGGACCAUUUGAAAUAAGGAUGCUGCUCCCUUCGUUAAGGACGUUGGUUUCGUGUAGCUGUCGAAAUGCUGGGAGAGGAUUUCAGCAGAGCAAUGUAAGUAGAGGACAUGGACUAGCUAGCAAGCUGCUAACGUUAUCAUGGCUGACCAACCUGCAUCAUGUCGGAAAGUGGGUUUCAUUUCUUGCUAUUUUCAAGACAACUUGGAACAAAGUGAUCUUCAGGUCGGAAAGUCGGAGCUGUAGAAAGAUACCCGACUUCAGAGUUGGAUGACCGUUCAAAACCAUUUUCCCCAGUUGACCUGGUUUUUCACCUGAGUUCCCAGUUGUCUUGAACGCACUGAAGUCGGAGUGUUCGGAGUUCCCAGUUUUUUUGAACGCGGCAUAAAUUCCACUCCAAGGUGAAGGAAGCAAAAAUGCGGUAACUAAAGAGGGUUAUGGAACGCAGACCGUGGGGUAUUGAACAAGGACGCCGGUUUGGCGCACAUUAAACAGAUUUGAUCUAACAAAGUGGAUAUUCGUCAUGAUUGAUGUAUUGUGUAACGCCCACAAUGUGGUUACUAAAGUCACAUUUGGAUAUGUGGCUGUUUUUCGCUGCAUAACAUUUAGAAGAAGUGACUGCUAAAUGCUAACUCACGUUUAUAUAAACUGGUAGCAUAGCUAGCAUACAGGAAUCGGUGGUGGGAGUCAGUCGUUUUUAACUGCAACGCAGUUGAUUGGUGACGAUGACAUUAACAUGUGUUGGGGUUGACAUCCAUACAAGCGUUAUACUCAGAUUUUUACCACAACAGUGUGAAAUACACAAUUAUACCAUGGCAUUGUUGAAUACUUGUUUCUGAUUGGCUUAAACGGCAUUCUAGAGCGAGCAUUAGUGGAUUGCGCAGUCAGAUGGACGAGAGUAAAUAUGACCGACAUCCUCGAUUUGUCUUAUGUAGCAACAUUGUCAGCCAAUCAGCAGCAUUCAGGGAUUGAACCAACCAGUUUAUAAUUCCCUAUAACUCACGGUAUAUCAGCACAGUAGAAUUCAAUGGCUAUAGUUCAUUCUUGCAUGUUCUAUGUUUGAGCUGCCUUUGAAGCAUAAGUCGAAUUGAAAACAUUUUCAUUGUUGAAUUCUAUUUUCAUUAUAGCAAGCUAGGACUGAUGGUUUGGUUAGCUAAACUAGCAGGUUUGUUUGGUUACCAAGGCAACUACUUUAGCUAUCUAGUAACUGUGCUAGCUACUUCAGUGAAUGUUGAACACAUUUCUACCUGCAAAUGUGUUAAAUUAUAGCUGUGGUAUAAAAGGGAUAAUCAACUCGGCGCUCUAUGCGUUCUCUGGAAAAUUAUGCUACUCUGUGGAAGGGGCAAUUUCAUGAAUAGUCAUGAGUCUCGACAUAGAACCCAUCGUGUGAUUGGUUGAGCCUUCUUGAGUGUGUGACGUCACACAGAUGCUCUACAGAGACUUCUGUUUAGCUAGCUCGUGCCGCCGGCAUGAGCAGUUGGUGGUUACUACUGGUUUCAGAGAGAAAUUGUCCGUUAUUUUUUAGUAAGGGGUCAGAGAGACGUCACGCAACCAAGAAGGCUAAACUAAUCACCCGACGAGUACUAUGUUGAGAUUCAGGAAAUUGGCCCCCGCCUUCCUAUGAAAGGAAAUUUCACUUACCACAUCUAUAGAAAUCAUAUUAAAUUACUAGAGGGGUUAUGUCAUAAACCGUCAAAGUUCCAUAAUGGGGUGGAAAUGGCAGCCAUCUUGGUCAGGCAGAAAUCCAAAACCAGUCUAAUUGGAAUGAAUGGCAGUAGAGGCAUCCCACCUAGCAAAAUGUUGUUGAAAAGACGACUGCCUGACGUCCAAUCUACGCUCAGUUUUGGUUGACAGUGAAAGUUGAAAGGACGCCAUUUUCAGGUCGUUGUUUCAAUGACUUGAAAACUAUUUAAUUUCAAUGUACUUGCAGCCUAUAUGCAUGGACGCUGUAUAAAAAAUUGGUCUAUGAACACAGUAUUUCUUUACAACACUCAAGUGCUAAUUGUUUUUAUUCCACUACUGAAGCAGCAUGACUCGAAUCGUCAUACCUACUCAUAUUUCAAACAUCCAGCAUGACAAAAUAUACUUGUUUUUAAUUAUUCCAUGCCUCACUGUUCAGUUAAUUAUUGCCAAUACAUAUUAACAAAGGGGUUUCCAUUUGGAUUUAAUAUUUCCAUUUUAUGUAACAUUUAGUAAUCAUUAUUUACGCAACCAACUAAUAUUUUUUUUGUACACUUAUAUUAUUUAGCAAAAAUAUUGUAAAACAAGCUUAUUGUUCUUUUUUAUUUCCAAGAUGGCGAAGUAGUGCAGUCUGUUUCUGUCGUGUGUCUGUAAAUAGCCUGUAAAUACCUUGUUUUUUUUUUGUAUUUUUCGUACCUAUUUCCCUAUCAGACUUUUCAUCCUUCUACAAAAUAUACUUUCCUGCAACCCGCCUCACUCAAUGUGGAACGGACUCUAUUAUUGACUUACCUUUUAUCUAGAAUCUCCAGUGAAACUAGCUAGCCAGCUAACUAGCUACCUGCUAUUAGCCUUAGCUAGCGGUGUUUCACCCAGAACAUUGGAUUUUCUUCUGCGGGAUUAAUUUUAAUCACUGGACAUUGAUCACCGGAUAUUCGGCCAGUCUGCACAGCGCGUUAUCGACCCAGAACAUAUCAGUUUUUCCGCUGGAACCAUUGAAUCACUGGACCUUUAACUCCGGAUUCGUCGCUACCAGCUAGCUACAACAAAACGGACGCUGUGGUCUGGCUAAUUAUCCUGAGCUAAGCCCAUCUCCCGGCUAUCUACCUCUCUGUCAACCGGACGGGACCACCUAGUAUUGACACGGAGCCCCGCCGAUCCUACACGACUGGUCUGCCGACGAAAUCGUCUGAUGUGGUUACGACGUUAACCACGAAGAUUCCAUCCAUCUGCUAGCCCUGGCCCGCUAGCACACGCUAGCCGUGGCCUCUUACUAGUGCUUCACCACCGGACCUUAUGAUAACUCAGCUAUACAGCUGAUAUCUGCUGGACUGUUCCUUUUUACGGUACUACAUCCUGUUUAUGUUUAGCCUCAGCCCAAACAUGGUUAGUUUAUUGUUGUUUCGGUUAUUUCUAAUUGUACUAUAUCACUGCAGACCCCCCAGCCUAGCUAAACUUGCCUUAGAUAGCUCCUUUGCACCUCCUCCAAUACACGCGGAGACCGACUCAAUUUAUGCCUCUAGAGAUACCUCCAGCGAUGCUAUCUCUUUCAUCGUUACCCAACGCUUAGGUUUACCUCCACUUUACUCAUAUCCUUCCAUAUCCUUGUCUGUACAUAAUGCCCUGAAUCUUUUCUAUAACACCCGGAAAUUCCCCCUUUUUUCUCUGUACCCAACGCACUAGAAGACCAGUUCUUAAAGCCUUUAGCCGUAUCCUUAUUCUAGUCCUCCUCUGUUCCUCUGGUGAUGUAGAGGCUAACCCAGGCCCUGCAGCCCUCAGUAUCACUCCUACUCCCCAGGCGCUAUCAUUUGAUGACUUCUGUAAUCGCAAAAGUCUUGGUUUCUUGCACAUAAAUAUCAGAAGUCUACUUCCUAAGUUUGAGUUAUUCACUGCGUUAGCACACUCUGCCAACCCUGAUGUUCUAGCAGUGUCUGAAUCCUGGCUCAGGAAGGCCACCAUAAAUUCUGAAAUUUCCAUCCCCAACUAUAACAUUUUCCGUCUAGAUAGAACUGCCAAAGGGGGUGGAGUUGCAAUCUACUGUAGAGAUAGCCUGCAGAGCUCUAUCAUACUAUCCAGGUCUGUGCCCAAACAGUUUGAGCUUCUACUUUUAAAAAUCCACCUUUCCAGAAAUAAGUCUCUCACUGUUGCCGCUUGCUACAGACCCCCCUCAGCCCCCAGCUGUGCCCUGGACACCAUAUGUGAAUUGAUCGCCCCCCAUUUAUCCUCAGAGUUUGUACUGCUUGGUGACCUAAAUUGGGAUAUGCUUAAUACCCCAGCCAUCCUACAAUCCAAGCUAGAUGCCCUCAACCUCACGCAAAUUAUCAACGAACCUACCAGGUACAACCCAAAAUCCGUAAACAUGGGUACCCUCAUAGAUAUCAUCCUGACUAACAUACCCUCUAAAUACACCUCAGCUGUCUUCAACCAGGAUCUCAGCGAUCACUGCCUUAUUGCCUGCGUCCGUAACGGGUCCGCGGUCAAACGACCACCCCUCAUCACUGUCAAACGCUCCCUAAAACACUUUAGCGAGGAGGCCUUCCUAAUGGACCUGGCCCAGGUAUCCUGGAUGGAUAUAGAUCUCAUUCCGUCAGUAGAGGAUGCCUGGUUGUUCCUUAAAAGUAAUUUCCUCUCAAUCUUAAAUAAACAUGCCCCAUUCAAAAAAUACAGAACUAAGAACCGAUAUAGCCCCUGGUUCUCCUCAGACUUGACUGCCCUUGACCAGCACAAAAACAUCCUGUGGCGUACAGCAUUAGCAUCAAAUAGCCCCCGCGAUAUGCAACUUUUCAGGGAAGUUAGGAACCAAUAUACACAAGCAGUCAGGAAAGCAAAGGCUAACUUUUUCAAACAGAAAUUUGCAUCCUGUAGCACUAACUCCAAAAAGUUUUGGGACACUGUAAAGUCCAUGGAGAAUAAGAGCACUUCCUCCCAGCUGCCCACUGCACUGAGGCUAGGAAACACUAUCACCACCGAUAAAUCUACAAUAAUCGAGAAUUUCAACAAGCAUUUUGCUACAGCUGGCCAUGCUUUCCAUCUGGCUACCACUAACCCGGCCACCAACUCUGCACCCUCUGCUGCAACUUGCCCAUGCCCCCCCCGCUUCUCCUUCACACAAAUUCAGACAGCUGAUGUUUUGAAAGCGCUGCAAAAUCUGGACCCCUACAAAUCAGCUGGGCUAGACAAUCUGGACCCUUUCUUUCUAAAACUAGCCGCUGAAAUUGUCGCUAACCCUAUUACUAGUCUGUUUAACCUCUCUUUCAUAAUGUCUGAGAUCCCCAGAGAUUGGAAAGCUGCCGCGGUCAUCCCCCUCUUCAAAGGGGGUGACACUCUAGAUCCAAACUGCUACAGACCUAUAUCCAUCCUGCCCUGCCUUUCGAAAGUAUUCGAAAGCCAAGUUAACAAACAGAUCAUCGACCAUUUCGAAUACCACCGUACCUUCUCCGCUAUGCAAUCCGGUUUCCGAGCUGGUCACGGGUGCACUUCAGCCACGCUCAAGGUCCUAAACGAUAUUAUAACCGCGAUUGAUAAUAGACAGUACUGUGCAGCUGUCUUCAUCGACCUGGCCAAGGCUUUCGACUCUGUCAACCACCGCAUUCUUAUUGGCAGACUAAAUAGCCUUGGUUUCUCAAAUGACUGCCUCGCCUGGUUCACCAACUACUUCUCAGAUAGAGUUCAGUGUGUCAAAUCGGAGGGCCUGUUGUCUGGACCUAUGGCAGUCUCUAUGGGGGUGCCACAGGGUUCAAUUCUUGGGCCGACACUUUUCUCCGUGUAUAUCAAUGAUGUCGCUCUUGCUGCUGGUGACUCUCUGAUCCACCUCUACGCAGACGACACCAUUUUGUAUACAUCUGGCCCUUCAUUGGACACUGUGUUAACAAACCUCCAAACGAGCUUCAAUGCCAUACAACAAUCCUUCAGUAGCCUCCAACUGCUCUUAAACACUAGUAAAACUAAAUGCAUGCUUUUCAAUCGAACGCUGCUGGCACCCGCCCACCCGACUAGAAUCACCACUCUCGACGGGUCUGACCUAGAGUAUGUGGACAACUACAAAUACCUAGGUGUCUGGUUAGACUGUAAACUCAACUUCCAGACUCACAUAAAGAAUCUCCAAUCCAAAGUUAAAUCUAGAAUCGGCUUCCUAUUUCGCAAUAAAGCCUCCUUCACUCAUGCUGCCAAACAUGCCCUCGUAAAACUGACUAUCCUACCGAUCCUUGACUUCGGCGAUGUAAUUUACAAAAUAGCCUCCAACACUCUACUCAGCAAGUUGGAUGUAGUCUAUCACAGUGCCAUCCGUUUUGUCUCCAAAGCCCCAUACACUACCCACCACUGUGACCUGUACGCUCUUGUUGGCUGGUCCUCACUACAUGUUCGUCGUCAAACCCACUGGCUCCAGGCCAUCUAUAAAUCACUGCUAGGCAAAUCCCCGCCUUAUCUUAGCUCAUUGGUCACCAUAGCAGCACCCACCCGUAGUCUACGCUCCAGCAGGUAUAUCUCACUGGUCAUUCCCAAAGCCAACACCUCCUUUGGCCGCCAUUCCUUCCAGUUCUCUGCUGCCAAUGACUGGAACGAAUUGCAAAAAUCUCUGAAGCUGGAGACUCUUAUCUCCCUUAAUAACUUUAAGCAUCAGUUGUCAGAGCACCUUACCGAUCACUGCACCUGUACACAGCCCAUCCGAAAUUAGCCCACCCAACUACCUCAUCCCUAUAUUAUUUAUUUUGCUCUUUUGCACCCCAGUAUCUCUAUUUGCACAUAAUCUCUUGCACAUCUAGCAUUCCAGUGUUAAUACUAUUGUAAUUAUUCUGCACUAUAGCCUAUUUAUUGCCUUACCUCCAUAACUUGCUACAUUUGCACACACUGUAUAUAUAUUUUCUGUUGUAUUUUCUGACUUUAUGUUUUUUUUACCCCAUAUGUAACUCUGUUGUUUUUAUUGCACUACUUUGCUUUAUCUUGGCCAGGUCGCAGUUGUAAAUGAGAACUUGUUCUCAACUGGCUUACCUGGUUAAAUAAAGGUGAAAUAAAAAAAAUAAAAAAAAUAUUUUGGGUUAGACAUUGCAUCCAAUUCUUACUCUUUGAAUCAAUCAACAUAUUGCAAAACCAAUGAACUGACCAAUCAACCGACUCUUGCAAAACCAAUGAACAAAUAUGUGUAAAAGCAACACAUCUUGGUCCAUCUUAGUAUGAGAAACAGGGGCCUCCCGAGUGGCGCAGCGGUCUAAGGCACUGCAUCGCAGUGUUGAGGCAUCACUACAGCCUGGGGUUCGAUCCCGGGCUGUGUCACAGCCGGCCAUGAUCGGGAGUCCCAAAGGGUGGCGUACAAUUACUCCAGCAUCGUCCGCGUUAGGGAAGGGUUUGUCCGGGGGGCUUUCCUUUGCUCAUCGUGCUCUAGCGACUCCUUGUGGCGGGCCGGGCGCCUGCAAGCUGACUUCAGUUGUCAGUUGAACGGUGUUUCCUCCGACACAUUGGCUGGCUUCCGGGUUAAGCGAGUGGGUGUUAAGAAGCAGCGUGGCUUGGGGGGUCAUGUUUCGGAGGACGCAUGAUUCGACCUUGCAGCGAUGAGACAAGAUCGCAAUUGGAUAUCACGAAAUUGGGGAGAAAAAGGGGGUACAUUUUUUAAAUACAGUAUAAAUUCAGUAUGUAUCUUCCGCUAUGUCAAAAUUGUGCAUGGUAUGUACACUAAGUGUAUUAAACAUUAGGAACACCUUCCUAAUAUUGAGUUGCAUCCCUUUUGCCCUCAGAACAGCCUCAAUUCGUCGGGUCAUGUACCCUACAAGGUGUCAAAAGCCUUCCACAGGCCCAUGAUGACUCCAAUGCUUCCCACAGUUGUCAAGUUGGCUGGAUGUCCUUUGGGUGGUGGACCAUUCUUGAUACAUACAGUAAACUGUUGAGCAUGAAAAACCCAACAGCAUUGCAGUUCUUGACACACUCAAACCGGUCGCCUGGCACCAACUACCAUACCCCGUUCAAAGGCACUUAACUUUUGUCUUGCCCAUUCACCCUCUGAAUGGCACACAUACACAAACUUUAACCUGUCUCCUCUCCUUUAUCUACACUGUUAGAUUUAACAGGUGACAUCAAUAAGGGAUCAUAGCUUUCACCUGGUCAGUCUGUCAUGAAAAGAGCAGGUGUUCCUAAUGUUUUAUAGCUGAAGCUCUAACAUCCCUGUCUUCCAUAACAACAGCGGACUCCUCAUUUGCGGCAAUGGCUGGUGAAGAGAAGCCAGCACUCCAUCACAGCAGAGGCAGGAGCCAACACAGCUCCAGCGGCAGCUACAGUCCCCAACGCGGCCACCAAUCGGAUCCUCGGCCGGUGGCUGUUGGGCUGCAGUGGACUGGUGGUCGGGGCAGUGGUGUUGGGAGGUGUCACAAGGUAAUGCAACACAUCAUGGAAGUGAAGCAGUGUGUUAUGUACUGUAGUUGUAACCACAUUGGAUGGAUCUUCAGUGUUCAAGGGAAUUACAACAGAGUAUGUGUCUACUUUGAUUUAAUGCGAGAUGAAAAAUGGCUCUUGUUAUUGAUCCUGCAGGAUAAAUGCCUUACUUGGAGCUGCAAGACCUAGCUAGUUAGCUGUAAUGUGUGUGAAGACGACUCUCACUGCAAUCACAUCUCCUACGUAAUGUAUUGUAUUGAGAGAUACUGUUUGUGUUUGUUCUCCCUAUCCAGGCUGACGGAGUCAGGGCUCUCCAUGGUAGACUGGCACCUGGUGAGAGAGAUGAAGCCUCCUCAGACUCGGGCCGAGUGGGAGGCUGAGUUUGCCAAGUACCGGCAGUUCCCAGAGUUCAAAAUGUGAGUAUGCCUGGCCUGUCUCUAUCUGUCUCGAUAGUUUGGCUACCUCAAAGGCUACAUCAACAGAACAUGUAUAAUUAUGUUUUAAAGGGAUACUGGGAGACUCUCCUGUUUUUCUACUUAGACAGAGUUUGAUGAACUCGUGGAUACCAUUUUUUGUCUCCGCGUGCAGUAUGAAGGAAGUUAGCAGUAGUUUUGCGAGCCAAUGCUAACUAGUGUUAGAGCAAUGACUGGAAGUCUACAGGUACGCUAGCAUACUUCCUCUAACUUCCUUCAUACUGCACGCAGAGACAUGAAAAUGGUAUCCACAAGUUCAUCUGACUCUGGGUAAGUAGAAAAAUUUAGAAUAUUGCAGUAUACCUUUAAGAACCUGUUUCUGACCUUUCUAAGAUACUCGACAGUGGUGUGAAAACGCUCAAUUUCUAGAUGCCUUAAAAAAAAAAAAGGUCCUCCAAAUGUCCUCGUAAGAUGCUAAAGGAAUGAACAAUCUCAAACCAUAGCGUUAGUUUUAAUUUCACCUGGGAAUCACUUUAGAAUAGCGAGCCUUUCUGUCAAAUAAGCUUGUUGCAAACUUCUUAACUUUUUUGACAACUCAUCUCAUUGUUGACUCACUGUCCACUCUGUGUUUCUCCAGAAUGAACCAUGACAUGACUCUACCAGAGUUUAAGUUCAUCUUCUACAUGGAGUGGGGCCACAGGAUGUGGGGCAGGCUGGUAGGGCUGGCCUAUGUCCUCCCCACCAUCUACUUCUGGAAGAAAGGCUACUUUAACAGAUCUAUGAAGGGACGCGCACUGGGACUCUGUGGAUUUGUGUUCUUUCAGGUAAGCGAGAGAGGAUGGAAUGGGGGGGAGAAACAGAGAGGAAAUUAUAGUUCAACAAAUUUAUGAAGGGAUGCGCACUGAGACUGUAGAUUUUGUCAUCUUCCAGGUAAGAGAGGAUGGAAUGGAGGGAGGGUUGGAGGAUGAAGUGAGGGAGAGGGAGAAAGAGAAAGCGAGAGCGAGCACACGAUAGUUCAACAGAUGGGGACGUAUACUGGGAUUUGUUUUCUUCCAGGCAAACAAGGAUGUGAUGGAGGGUGAGAGAGGGAGUUAUUUUAUGCUGGCCUGUGUUGAACCUGGAAUGGCCCGUCUUGCCAUCGGGCGAAAGCGGGGAGGGAGGAGCGCCCUUCUCAAAUCGAAUAGCAAUCUGCGCCGCUUGAUCAUGAUGUCAACAAGGCAGCAUGGUGCAUCGUCCAGAAACGUACAUCUCUUUUCCAUAAAAUAAAUGGGUGAAUUUAACUAGUUUUCAUUGGGGAGGCAGAUAAAGCGUGUUUAUCAAAAGCAAUCACUUUGCACGGGAAAACACAGAAUCCUACUAAUUACUACACGUGCCUAAUUACGCCACUUUGUUUUGAGCCGACUUCGCCAUCAGACAGAGCAGGGCAAAUGGCUCACACCCGGGAGGCAGCCCGGUUCCACAUCGAAUGCAAUCAACUUUCAGCCGGUGCAAAACACACCUACACGGGCGCCCAGGCGAGAUUAAUCUAACCCCCUUAGAGUGAGAGGGAAAGGAUAGGUCAACAGAUCUAUGAAGAGAAUGGAAGAGUACUGAAGCACUGUGGAUUCGCAGACCUGCCAACCUGCAGGCAUUUUGCGUACCAUGCACACAAUUUGAGGUCAAAAUACGCUGGUACGAAAAACAACACUAAAAUAUGCAAAAAUAGGCUUCUAGUUGGCACAUUGGUUUUUGACUCAACCGUCUGAAGUUGGAGCUAUUCAGAGGACUUGGGCGAGGCAAUUUCUGUUAGUCAAGCACAUAACCACAAUUAUUUAGUAGUUUGCUCCUUAGCUAAGGCGGCAUUACGACAAAGGUAGUUAGCUACAGCGUUUAGUCAACUAAGCGAGAACACUUUCUUGCCAAACAUGCUUUGAUCUCUGCAACGGUAGCGAGCGCAUUGAUGAGUAACGUGUGGUGUUGCGAUAGUUCAGUGCGCGUCGCCGCGUGAAUGGAAACAGACAUGGCAGAGAAAGCUGUUCCGCUAAAACCGUCCUUCAGAGAGCUAUGUUAGACUGUUGAAGAGUAGUAGGUCUAUGUUAGUUAAUCGGUUCUUGAUAUAGCUGUAUGUCAACAGUAGGCUGCUAAUGAUGUGAUAAUAGUCAGUUCACCAAUGUCAACAAGGCAUGUUGAAUGAAUGGUAGCCUAUUAGUCAGACCUAACUUGAUGGAUUUGGUCAGGGAUGGAGAUAAUGACUAUAUAUGAAGGAGAUAAUGGAGAUCUGAAACAAGCUUAUAUAGGCCUAGUUCAGUUGCUCCGUAUUCCAAAUAACAUACAGUAAGCUAGACUACUACAUUAUAUCCAGUAAUUGAAUUAUUCAGUUUAUAUUUUCACUAGACUAUCCACAUAAAGACACCUAUUAAUUAGAAUAAUCAUUACCCCUAAAUGUAACCUAGGAAAAUGUGAAAGUGUCAUGGAGACCACCUUAAUUUCAUUUAGGAUCAAACACAAGACUUGUUUGCUAUAAUUUAAGGCUUCAGGUAAUGGCAGUUAAAAAAAGGAAAAUGCUGACCACCUCCGGACCUCCCCCCUACCCAACCUUAGGCCUACAUCAGCACCACCUUGUCCGAAAAUCCUAGGGAGAGCCCUGAUUGUACAUUUAAACAUAUUUCUAGUUAGCUACUGAAGAGCAGCCAAUUACCAAGUACCCAUAACAGUCUAUAGCCUAUCAUUCCUACUGAGGCAGUCUUCUGCCAACAUCAUUAUUUGGCUAAAAAAGGUGCAUUUGCCUAUGAUUUGAGCAGUGUGGGCGCGCUGUCGUGGGGAGCAGCCACAAUGCUGAAGUGGUUGGCAGGUCUGGAUUUGCCUCUUCCAGAUGAUACAGUACACAAAUGUUCUGGGACUGUCUGAGAACCUAAGCUGUACAUGGCUUCUAAAAUGGUUUCCCCAUCACUUUCCAUUUCCCUCCUGUAGGGCCUCCUGGGCUGGUACAUGGUGAAGAGUGGUCUGGAGGAGAAGCCAGAGUCCUAUGAUGUCCCCCGAGUCAGUCAGUAUCGCCUGUCUGCUCACCUAGGGUCAGCUCUGCUGCUCUACUGUGCUAGUCUAUGGACUGGACUCACACUGAUGGUUGAGCCGCACAAGGUACUGGAACGCGCGCACACACACACACACACACACACACACACACACACUUCAAAGCUCAAACUUUGCAUCUUUUUAAUCACGUUUUUAAUCCGUGUCCCCUCCCCCUAUUCUUAGUUGGCUAAUACUAAACGUCUGAACCAGCUGAGGAGGUUUGCUAAGGGCACUGUAGGAUUGGUCUUCCUCACCGCACUCUCAGGUAGUAGUGUGUGUGUCUGUGGUGUGUGUGUGUGUGUGGUGUGUGUCUGUGUGUGGGUGUGUGCCAUAGGGGCGGUUGUACAGGUUUGGAUGUGGAUUGUGUAUAUACAGUGCCUUUGCAAAGUAUUCAGACCCCUUGACUUUUUCCACAUUUUGUUAGGUUACAGCCUUAUUCUAAAGUCGAUUAAAUUCGUUUUUUCCCCUCAUCAAUCUACACACAAUAUCCCUUAAUGACAAAGCAAAAACAGGAUUUUAGAAAUGUUAGCUAGUUUAUUACAAAUAAAAAAACUGAAAUAUUACGUUUACAUAAGUUUUCAGACCCUUUACUCAGUACUUUGUUGAAGCACCUUUGGCAGCAAUUACAGCCUCGAGUCUUCUUGAGUAUGACGCUACAAGCUUGGCACAUCUGUAUUUGGGGAGUUUCUCCCAAUUCUUCUCUGCAGAUCCUCUCAAGCUCUGUCAGGUUGGAUGGGGAGCGUUGCUGCACAGAUAUUCGAUCAGGUUUAAGUCCGGGCUCUGGCUGGGCCACUCAAGAACAUGCAAGGACAUGCGAAGCCACUCCUGUGUUGUCUUGGCUGUGUGCUUAGGGUCGUUGUCCUGUUGGAAGGUGAACCUUCGCCCCAGUCUGAUGUCCUGAGAGCUCUGGAGCAGGUUUUCAUCAAGGAUCUCUCUACUUUGCUCCAUCUUUGCCUCGAUCCUGACUAGUCUCCCAGUCCCUGCCGCUGAAAAACAUCCCCACAGCAUGAUUCUGCCACCACCAUGCUUCACCGUAGGGAUGGUGCCAGGUUUUCUCCAGACGUGGCACUUGGCAUUCAGGCCAAAGAGUUCAAUCUUUGUUUCAUCAGACCAGAGAAUUUUGUUUCUCAUGGUCUGAGUCUUUAGGUGCCUUUUUACUGAGGAGUGGCUUCCAUCUGGCCACUCUACCAUAAAGGCCUGAUUGGUGGAGUGCUACAGAGAUGGUUUUCCUUCUAGAAGGUUCUUCCAUCUCCACAGAGGAACACUAGAGCGCUGUCAGAGUGACAAUCGGGUUAUUGGUCACCUCCCUGACCAAGGCCCUUCUCCCCCGAUUGCUCAGUUUGGCUGGGCGGCCAGCUCUAGGAAGAGUCUUGGUGGUUCCAAACUUUUUCCAUUUAAGAAUGAUGGAGGCCACUGUGUUCUUGGGGACCUUCAGUGCUGCAGAAAUGUUUUGGUACCCUUCCCCAGAUCUGUGUCUCGACACAAUCCUGUCUUGGAGCUCUACGGACAAUUCCUUCGACCUCAUGGCAUGUUUUUUGCUCUGACAUGCACUGUCAACUGUGGGACCUUAUAUACACAGGUGUGCCUUUCCAAAUCAUGUCCAGUCAAUUGAAUUGACCGCAGGUGGACUCCAAUCAAGUUGUAGAAACAUCAAGGAUGAUCAAUGGAAACAGGAUGCACCUGAGCUCAAUUUCGAGUUUCAUAGCAAAGGGUCUGAAUACUUAUGAAAAUAAGGUAUUUCUGUUUAAAAAAUGUAAUACAUUUGCAAACAUUUCUAAAAACAUCAUUAUGGGGUAUUGUGUGUAGAUUGCUGAGGAUUUUUAUUUAUUUAAUCCAUUUUAGAUUAAGGCUGUAACGUAACAAAAUGUGGAAAAAGUCAAGGGGUCUGAAUACUUUCCGAAGGCACUGUAACUUGUAAGGCUGUGACGAUACCAGUAUCGCCAUAUUUUUUCCAUGGCAAAAAUGAAAACACGAUUUUGGUCCUUUAUGUAAAACAUUGUGUGCUAAAGCUUGGAAAAUGAAUAAAUGUGAUUCUGGAUGACAACAUUAAGAUGUUGUUUCCAACAUUAGGGCUGUUUUCCUAAAUAAAUAUAAUCUGUUUUGUUUAGGGAAAAUAAAUAAAUGUGACUCUGGAUGACAACCGGGCGGCAGGUAGCCUAGCGUUGGGCCAGUAACCGAAAGGUUGCUGGUUUGAAUCCCCGAGCCAACUAGUUAAAAAAUCUGUUGCUUUGGAUAAGAGUGUCUGCAAAAUGACAAAACAUUUCAAUGUAAACAUAAUGAUGUUUCCAACAUUACGGCUGUUUUCCUAAAGACGUUAAAUCCGCUUCAUGUUUUGUUUCCUUGACACAAUACUAAUGCGUAUCGCCAUACUGGUAUUGUCCCGUCCCUAGUUUUGUUUCCUUGCCACGAUACUGAUAUCAACCCAGCCCCAAUAACCCUAACAUGACUGACCAUGAUGUGUGUCUGUGUUUGUGUGUUACAGGUGCGUUUGUAGCAGGGCUGGAUGCUGGGUUGGUGUAUAACUCGUUCCCUAUGAUGGGAGACAGAUGGAUCCCUGACGACGUACUGGCUUUUUCUCCAACACUCAAGAACUUCUUUGAGAACCCCACCACUGUUCAGUUUGACCACCGAGUUCUGGUACAUAACGCACUCAGCCUCAUUUUAUUAAUCUGAUUUCUGUUAUUUGUGUAGAUUAUUGACUUCGCACUUCAUACCUUUUACUAAACAAAGCGGCUUACGUAUGGGUGGACCCAGUGGCAAUCGAACCCACAAUCCUGGCGUUGCAAGCGCCGUGCUCUACCACCUGAGGCACAGCUGACCACUAAACAAUAACUCUUACUCCCUCCCUCUCCCUCCAGGCGAUCUCGUCUCUGACGGCCAUCACAGGUCUCUAUAUGUUCUCCAGGAGGAUGAUGCUGCCUAGGAGAGCUAAGAUUGCCAUCUCCUGCCUUACAGCUAUGGCCUAUGCACAGGUACACACGCGCGUACACACAGUACUUCAUACACCAAUGCUUUCUUUUACACUGAUGCUUUUAAAUCCGUGAGGGAAGAGUGCUGAUGGGAAUCAGUAUGUACAAUGGGUGUUAAUUUCCUCUGUGACUGUUUGUCCCUGUGUUUCCAUCCUCAGGUUGCCCUGGGCAUCAGUACCCUGCUUCUUUACGUGCCCACUCCCUUGGCAGCGACCCACCAGUCAGGCUCUGUCGCCCUGCUCUCAUUGGCCAUCUGGGUCCUCGCAGAGCUCAGGAAGGUGGCCAAGUAGAUGCCCACUUCGCUAUGACUCGAACAGGCCUCGAGAGACAAACCAGCUCAUGGAAAGAGAUUUUAAAAAAAGAAUAUUCACAAGAUGCUCAAGGAAAAAAGAGAAGAGAGGAGAGAAGCAUUCUGUAAAACAAUGGAUUGGGUCUUUUGAUACCAUGUUGGGGAACUUCUAUGUUGCAAAGCUGCAAGCUCAUUCCAUGUGUUUGAAGUUAUCAUAACAUUAGAAUUCAAUUAUAUAAAGGUUGUUUUGAUUGAUGCAAUGGCAAGAAUGUUCUAGCUUAUUUCACUACAUUUUCCCCCUGCAGUGGUUGGGCCAGGAGGUAAGUCACCUGUAGUUCAGAAAUCUCACUGAAAGACAUUACUGUAGCUAACAGACUUCAUGCAAGUUGACGACCAAUGUCAUUUCAAUGUCACUAGAUAGUGACUAUUUAUGAACUGAAAUUGAGCGAACAGUGUAGAAUUUGAGCAACCAGGAAGUCAGAUCAGCUUUCCAAGUUUGAAAACA